CGACUCCGACUCAACGCUCCUAUCUGCUUCAAACACUCAGCGAAGCUGCAUCUAAACGAAGACCACAGUGACCCAACAGAGGAAUUUAUAACAUCUGACAUCGACAAAAAUAAAACAAAAUGGCCUCUGCCGAUGAUGCUCGCAAGAACCGCAUCGUGUCGCAUAUGAACAAGGAUCACACCCGAGAAAUCUCCUAUUAUCUCCGUCAUUAUGCCCAUCUCUCUGCCUCAGCUGCAUCCUCACCCGUGCUCAAGGAUACUGGUCUCAACGGUAUGACUAUCAAGUCAAAUGAUGGAAGAGAGCACUUUGUCCCUUUCUCGCCUCCUCUCUCCAGCUGGGCCGAGGUCAAGGACCGCAUCAUCGAAAUGGCCAACACAGCCCGUGAAGGACUGGGUCUUAGCGACGUCAUUAUCACAGCCUACACACCCCCAGAGGGUUUCGGCAUUUUUGUCACAGGAUCAGUUCUUUUCUACUUCUUCUGCGCUGGGACACUGCCGUGGGUACAGCCUGGCACUCGCAUCUGGGAGCUGUUGAACGAAGGGUUCCCUGGAGGCGCGACCUUCUUCCACUGGCUUGUCAACGCCAUCUUUUGGCCCGUCAUCGGUAUCCAUCUUGUUGAAUGCUUCUUCUUUGACAGGAAGCUUCAGAGGCACGGCGUUGAGAGAUUCUCUGGACAGUGGUGGCUUUGGCUCUGCAACUGCUUCUUUGAGGGGUUCCCUGCCUUCAAGCGUGUGGAUGGCAUUGUGGCACGGAAGCAAGAUAAGAGUGGCAAGUCUCAGUGAUAUGGAUACGGCGAGUUUAGAAAGAGUACACCUCUAUAAAGUGUCGAAACGCGGGCGGUGGCAUUGUAUGGAUGAAUGUUAGUUGGAAACUCUGAUGCUCCUUUGACUUGGUGUGAAUCUGGCAAGCACAAGAGUGGUUACUAUCAUGAUGUGAUGCAUAAACUAUGGAUGAAGGGAUUUCAAGUGGUACGAAAGCAGGACGUAUCGUUGCCAUGAUCGAUUACACACAGCUAGAAAUAGAGAAGAUGACGAGAGAUGUUAAGGGUAAUCGAUAGACCGCCUCAAGGCUUUCAAAGACAUACUAGCACAAUAAUCCUAUUCUCGGGUUUCUUCCU